CAUUCACUCACUGUCACUGACUGACAGCGUUCGGUAGUGUCGCAGUCGGCUGUCAUUUGUUUUAAUUAAAUUUUCCUUGAUUUCUCGAUUGUGUUCGAGAAAUCGUAUCACCCAGCACUAAUACUCAACUUUUUCGGCUUCGGCUUGUGUCUACGUGACUUUUCAGCAUUUCGAGUGACCAUGGCCGCCAACAACCCUUACGGGAACCUGUUGAAGACCAUCGACAUCAACGGGAAAACUUUCAAAUACUUCGACCUAUCGUCCUUCGGGACCAAAUAUGAACGUCUGCCAUUCAGCGUCCGAGUGCUGCUAGAAUCCUGUGUGAGGAACUGCGACAACUUCCAAGUUCUCCAGAAGGAUGUGCAGAACGUUCUGGAAUGGGAGCAGAAUCAAGCCGUGGAAGGGGGAGUGGAAAUCGCCUUCAAACCUGCCAGAGUCAUUCUACAGGACCUCACAGGCGUCCCAGCGGUGGUAGACUUCGCAGCCAUGCGUGACGCUGUCAAACAGCUGGGCGGUGACCCUCAGAAGAUAAACCCCAUCUGCCCAGCUGACCUGGUGAUUGACCACUCGGUGCAAGUCGACUUCUCUAGAUCACCUGACGCUUUGAACAAAAAUCAAGAGCUAGAGUUUGAGAGAAACAAGGAAAGGUUCCAGUUCUUGAAGUGGGGUGCCCAAGCCUUCGAUAACAUGUUGAUAGUGCCUCCAGGAUCUGGUAUCGUCCAUCAGGUGAACUUAGAAUACCUGGCUCGCGUGGUGUUCACUGGUGACGUGUUGCACCCGGAUUCGGUGGUCGGUACUGACAGUCACACCACCAUGAUCAAUGGGCUUGGAGUGGUGGGCUGGGGAGUGGGCGGCAUCGAAGCCGAAGCCGUGAUGCUGGGCCAGGCCAUCAGCAUGUUACUGCCCAAAGUGGUCGGAUACAAACUCGUGGGCGAACUCAGUCCGCUGGCUACUUCUACUGAUCUGGUGCUGACCAUCACUAAGCACCUCCGCUCUCUCGGCGUGGUGGGCAAGUUCGUGGAAUUCUUCGGGCCCGGAGUGUCAGCUUUGAGUAUCGCUGACAGAGCCACCGUGGCUAACAUGUGCCCGGAAUUUGGGGCCACUGUGGCUUACUUCCCGGUGGAUGACCGGUCGCUGCAGUACUUGGCGCAAACUAACCGUGCCAACGAAAAGAUUCAAAUCAUUGAAGCGUACCUGCGUGCUACCAAACAAUUCAGAGACUACAAUAAUGCCGAACAGGACCCUAUUUUCUCUGAGGUGGUAGAACUAAACUUGGAGACUGUGGUGACAUCAGUAAGCGGCCCCAAGAGGCCCCAGGAUCGAGUCUCCGUGUCGGUCAUGAAGAAGGACUUCCAAGAAUGCCUGACUAAUAAGGUCGGCUUCAAAGGCUACGGCCUGUCCCCAUCGCAGCUGUCAUCAUCGGGCAGCUUCACCUUCAGCGACGGCAACACUUACACCAUCACCCACGGCUCCGUCAUCAUCGCUGCCAUCACCUCGUGCACCAACACCUCCAACCCGAGCGUCAUGCUGGGCGCAGGGCUCCUGGCCAAGAAUGCUGUGAAGAACGGUCUGAGCGUGAUGCCAUACAUCAAGACGUCUCUCUCGCCAGGGUCUGGAGUGGUUACUUACUAUCUGAAGGAAUCCGGAGUGAUCCCGUACCUAGAGAAACUCGGCUUCGAUAUUGUGGGGUACGGGUGUAUGACGUGCAUCGGCAACUCAGGGCCCAUUGAUGACAACAUAGCCAACACCAUUGAGAAGAACGAGCUGGUCUGCUGCGGUGUUCUAUCAGGCAACCGCAACUUCGAAGGCCGUAUCCAUCCUAAUACACGAGCCAACUACCUUGCUUCACCAUUGCUGGUGAUAGCUUAUGCUUUAGCAGGCACAGUUGAUAUAGAUCUGGACACACAGCCACUCGGCAACCGUCCCGAUGGCAGCCCGGUCUUCCUCCGGGACAUCUGGCCCACUCGCUCCGAUAUCCAGGAGGUGGAGAACAAGUUCGUCAUCCCGGGCAUGUUCAAGGAGGUGUACGAGAAGAUCGAGCAAGGCUCUCCUUCGUGGCAGGCCCUCUCAGUGCCUCAGGGAAAGCUGUAUGGCUGGGACGUCAGUUCAACUUACAUCAAGCGACCGCCGUUCUUUGAUGGGAUGAGCAGGGACUUACCCCCAAUCUCAGGCAUCAAGUCAGCCCGCUGCCUGCUACUCCUGGGCGACUCGGUGACCACAGACCACAUCUCGCCAGCCGGCUCUAUCGCCAGGAACUCGCCGGCCGCCAGGUUCCUCGCUUCUAAGGGCCUAACCCCCCGCGAAUUCAAUUCCUACGGGUCACGACGAGGCAACGACGCGAUCAUGUCGCGCGGAACGUUCGCGAACAUUCGCCUCGUGAACAAGAUGGCGCCUACAGCUGGGCCAAGGACCACCCACCAUCCAAGCGGUGACGUUAUGGAUAUAUUCGACGCUGCAGAGAGGUACGCGUCUGAAAACGUGCCUCUCAUCGCGGUGGUGGGGAAAGACUACGGUUCAGGAUCCAGCCGAGACUGGGCCGCCAAGGGGCCGUAUCUGCUGGGCAUCAAAGCAGUCAUAGCGGAGUCCUUCGAACGUAUCCACCGGUCCAACCUUGUAGGCAUGGGCAUCAUGCCGCUGCAGUUCCUUAACGGAGAGAAUGCGGAGAGCCUCGGCCUUAGCGGAGCGGAGACCUACUCGAUCGACGUACCGGAGAACGUGGCGCCUGGACAGAAUCUUACUGUACAGGUAUCCACAGGCCAGUCAUUCCAAGUCAAGGUGCGUUUCGACACUGAAGUCGACUUGACCUACUUCAAAAACGGAGGUAUCCUGAACUACAUGAUCAGAAAGAUGCUUUAAUACACGCAGGUUGUGUAUUUAACGUGUUUGUGUUCACAAAUAUAAGAGAAAUUGGGUAAUUGGCACCAUUUAACUGUGAUUCUAAGACCUUUAAUCGAGAGAAAGUUAAAUUUUUUAGUUGUUUUUGAAGAUUUAAAACUCAAUCUUUGAAGCAAUGAGUAAAGUCCAAAAUUACGUAUGUGUUUACUAUUACUAAUGAAAAACUAAUUGGUUUUUAAUUCAAAGUUAUUAAAACUCAAAACUUAUUAAAACUAACUAAAAAUAAAGGUAAAAUUAGAUUGUUACUUGUUUGGAAUAAAUAAACAAUUUUAUCGAAUAACAAAAACAGUUGAUGAACAAGUGGCGUCAUUCAAUCAAUCAAUUAAUAAAUAAUUAUUGUGUCGGUUACAAUUAUUCAUAAUUUUGACAAGUAAGCUUGUUUUUUUCUAUACUAAAUACCUAGAUAAGUAUGGAGAAUUUCUCUUUCAAAAUUGGUGCCAACUACCUAACUGAAUUAUCCACAAUACUUAGUAAGCGCCAUCUAUUGGUGGAGCGGGGAACUAGCUGGUUAAGCAAAAAUUACAUGACACCGUUUGUUUUUCAAGUGUGUGUAUUUUCUGUACUGUAAGAAAUGUGGAUAUUUUAUUAAUCUUUUUUCUAAAUACUUAUGGGUACCUUUACUAGUGAGUAAUUGAUGGAACAAUAUGGCUUAUAUAGUGUAAUUAUUUUCUUGAAAAUUUACUCAAUAUCUUGGUAUUACUUCGUUUCAUUCACGCAGACGCGCCCCACAAUGUUUGGUCCCGGUCGCGCGGGGUGCGGGGAGUGUGGUCCGAGCAAUCCGUAAGGCAUUACUGGAGUGUGCGUGUGCACUCAUGGAGCAUUAGCGUGUACCGAUAACACUCAAACAUUCGCGGAAGAAUGGUGGGGCGCGUCCGAGUGGAUGAAACGAUCUUUAGCUCUAAAUAUCUUCUCAGACUGAGAUUUCUGUUAUUUCUUACAGUUACGCCUUAUACUCAUACAUGAAAAAUGCUAAAAAUCCAUGAUGGUAGUCGAAAUAUUCCAUAUUGUUAAUGUAAAUCAAAAAGUAGGUUGUACACAAUUUAUUUAUUAAGCGAAUAUGGUAUAUGGAUUUUGUAUGGGAUAUUACGUUUUUAUGAUCACUGGGUGGUCUAUUUUUUUAUACAGGGUGUUUUAUCAUCAAAUGUCAUAUUUUAUUAGUUUAGUGUUUUUUCUGGUAAUUCCGGUCGUGGAACACUAAAUAAUAUUCUAACUGAUAAAUGAAUUCUAUGAAAAAGUAAAGUAAUAAAAUAUGAAUGCUAUAUUACGUGCUCAAGUUUAUUGUUUAUUAAAAAUACGAACAGCCUGUAUAUAAUAUUGUUGUUGAGUUCUCAAAAUGCGUUAUGUAAAAAUAUUAUGUAAUAAAUAUUUAUAUAUUUUUA